GUGGAGGCGGGAGCGCGCACGUCAUCCAUGAGCGCUGCGUCAGGGCUGAGCGGCGGCUGGACUCCUCGCCUCUGCCCGCUGCUUCACCAUGGGUCUGGAGAAGGAGAAGCGGGAUUCCAGCAUCAUUAUGGACGAGGAUGAGUUUAACCGCUCCAUCGAGCCGAUCCUGUCCGGGAAACAAGCGCUGUACGCGGACACGCCGGGCACACGCGACCCGCAGGACAUCAACGCGCACCUCAAGGUGGUCUUUGAGGACGUGAUCGCAGAGCCGCAGUCGUCUCACAGUUUUGAUCGUGUUUGGAUUUGGAGUCACGCCGGAUUCGAACUCGUAAAGUUCCUGUUCUACCGCCUCCUGUCCACUCUGCUCGCGGUGCCCCUGGCCUUCAUCCUGGGACUGCUCUUCGCCAUCCUCAGCCUCAUCCACAUAUGGCUGGUGGUCCCGUGCAUACACAGUGUCCUCAUGCUCCUUCCUUCACUGAAGAUCAUCUGGAGAAGUUUGAUGGACUCAUUCGUGUCUCCACUUUUCACCAGCGCUGGAAAAAUCUUCUCCUCUGUCCGAGUCACGGCUGUGGAAUACUGACCCGGAUCAGAUUAAACGAGCCAGGACUGGAGCUAAACUAACCCCACUGUUUCCACCACUGGGACCAGGACUCGAGAGCCAAACUAGGACCAGAUCUGGACCAAAAACAUAUACUGUCAAUUUAAAGUCUUAAAUAAGUUAAAAUAGCUUGAAGAGGAAGAGGUCAAUGGUACAAGUUACAUUUUACUGAUAUCUGAUACUUAAAGCUUCACCAUGUAACUUUUCUGGUUGGGGAUCUGCAGUUCUCGUCUCCAUGGAGAUGUUUUUGCUAAUUCCAUUCAAUUACAAUUUUGUAUUGUUCAAAAAUACCUUAAAAACACACGCACCUUCACAGACCUGACUUGUAAUCUGGUUUUCUUGUUCCAUGGAGAUAUUUUAAGUGUAAUGCUGUACUGUGGAAAAUUCUAUGCACAGCUGUGAAAUGUCCAUGGAGACGAGCUAAACUUACAUAGUGUUCUUUUAAAAUAAUACUAAUAAGUAAACAUGUACAAUUGAACUUCAACUCAAUUCAAAGAAGAUAUAAGUCAUUUUUUAUUGGUAAAUAUAAAAUCUACAAAUAAAAAUGGUUCUGGAGCCAUUUGAACUUAUUUAAGAUUGCAGCUUUUCCAGUUUGAUAAUUUUGUACUGACCUUUUAACAACAUUACUAACUCAAAUACACGAUAUCGAGAAACAUGGAAACAUGACAAAAGUUUAAAAAAUGGAGAAUCGUUGUUGUAGUCACAUGACCAGGUAAUUUUAUGUUUUUAUUGACACUGCCGAACGCAUGUUUUUAUGACGAGGGAUGGCGAGAGUAUUGGUUUAUCGAUAAUUGUUUUUGAUAAAUACUCCAAAAAUGUCACCCAAAUGUAAAGUACUUUUUAUUUUAUAAUACUUUCAUUAAGCUAUAGUCACAAUCUAGAGGAUUUGACAAUGAAAGUGAAAUAAAGCUGAACUACGUAGCUUUUACAGUGCUGGGCCUGACACCUGCUUGUCUCCUUGGAGAUGUUAUUGCUUUGAAUUGCGGAGAAUGUUACACUGUAUGGCAUUAAACGUAUCUAUCUUAUCCACGUUACAGUUCAGAUUUGUGGAGAAGCGACACCCCUCACUGUACAAAUACAUGUUUUACAGGCAAUAGGUGAAUGCAUCCUAGUUAGGUCAGUUUAAUGCCAUACUGUGGACUAUUCCAGCAGAAAAGUUAUGUAGUUUAAAGGUUUGGAUGAUUCUCAAAAAUCAUCCAAAUUGGUGGGAUAAAACCUGUUGUAAAUAUAAAUUAUAAUUUUAAACCAAUCAAGAAGCAAUUUGUAAAGAAAAUAAAAAAAUAUGUUGAAAAUUACAGGAAGUGGAGAGUUCUGUUUUAGAGAGUCCCACAUUGAUGACAUCACACCGGGAGAAUUCUGUCUAAAAGUUUGGCACAAUAAGCUUUGAGCACAACAGCGCCCCACAAACUCACUGUUAGCGUCACUACUUCCUGUCCAAUUGUAUUUUUAUGGUGUUUUUUGCCGAGUCACCCUAAAAUGAAUAAGUAAUUAAAGAUGAAGCAGUGGACAGGAUGCUGCGGAUGUUAAACACUCGACAAGACAGACGUUUGUGUCUCAAUGCUAACGCUAAUGCUAAUUUGAGCCAUAAUAAAUAUUUAAAAAACACCACAAACUCAAGUAUUCUGCAUAUAAAAUAAUUGGGUAGUCUUUAUUUUAAUGAAUUUGAAUUGAAUCUGUUAUUUAUUUUAUGUAUUUAAUAAAAUUUUAAUAAAAGUGACUAUUAGCUUUGGGACAAAGUAAGCUAGCUAGCGUGUUGCCGUGCACAGGUCCUAGUUACCUACAAGAAACACAUUUUUUCUGAUACUUAAACAUUAUUUCAACAAAAUAAAGAUAUCCUCUAAUAUUUGUCUGAUAAAAAUGUCUGUGUACAUUAGAGGAGUUUGGGCCCAGUGUUCUGUAUGGUUGCUAUGUGGUUGCUAGGUGACAGUUAUGGAAUCCUCAGUGUGAUGUCAUGAUUUCCAACCAGGAAGUAAAAUUUUAAACCAAAAAAAUGACCAAAAAACUGGGAAAAGAACUGUACUUUUUUGUGUGAAAUCUUAAAUAUUCUGAUCUUAAGUGUGUUUUAGUAAAAUGAGUAGUUUUACUGGUCAUAGGCUCUUUAAAUGUCAUGUGACUAUUGUUGGAUCAUAAUGGUAAAUCAUGAUGUUUUCUAAUAGUUAUACUAAAAGCUUGAUUUGGUGACUUCCUGGUUCACAUGAGACAGUUUGCUGUACACUCAUAUUUGCUUGAAUCGAAUGAAAAUAUUUGCUCCAACAAAAUUAUAAUCUGUAUAUAACGGCUUUGCUUUGAAUAGUUUGGAGGAAUAACGUCUUAAACAGAGAGAUUUAUAAUGUCAAAAUGAACUGGUGUAUUAUAUUUUUAAAGGGCUAAAAUGUAAAAUAAAAACCUGUUUAUUGUUCUGUUAAAGCCAGAGUCACUUUAACAUUUGCAACUGACAAUGUAAAAAGAUCCGUGACCCUCCUCAUCCUGAGUGUUUCUGUGGAGCAUUCAAAUAAAACACAUGGAAACUGU